CCGCACAUUACGAGGCGGCGAGAGGCGAGGGGCGACUCUGUGAUUACUAUUGGAGAGGCGUGGCGACUGGAGACGCGACGUGGAAUGGAGACGCAACAUGGAAUGGGGACGACUCUGUAUUAGCGGAGAGUGUAGAGGCGGUGAGGUGA